CCUCUUGUGUAUCUUUGAACUCCCCCAAAAUUUCCCCAUAUAUUUUAUCAUGUUCCUCACUCUCAAUUUGCUUUAGAAAGUCUUUUUUAUCAACACUGUAAUUUUCUGGAAGCCAUCCAUCUAACGCCUUUAUAAUAUCGUCGGCUUCAUACAAAUCUUUUUUAAUUUUGCCAGAGCUCUUUAGAUCAACAUAACAUCUGGACGAAUUGUGCAUGUAAUAAAUGUCGAUAGACAGUGAUCUGUACCCGAAAAUUGAUUCGCUAAAAAUAAUAUUUUAGUACUUAUCUAUACAUAAGUAAUCGAGGUAGUUUUAAUGUUUUUACCUUUCUCCAAACACCUGAUGGGCCAUAAAAGGCUUGAAUUGCCCAUCCUUUUUACCAAUAUCAUCUGCAUCAUAAACUGCAACGAAAUUUACAUGCCAUUAGCAUAAAAACACAAAUAAAAAAAUACUCGUUACCGAUUUUGAAAGUAACCACAUUAACAGCCUGUUUUUUGUACAUUAUCAAUUCACUGUCAGUUUCCUCUUCAUUUAAACGACUUAAGGUCGCUUCUGAGCUCGUUUCUGCCAUCUUAUGAACGUUGUUUUUAGUGAAAUUACUUGAAAUCUCUGGUUAAAAAAGACGACUCCGUCUUACAAGAAAUGGCGCGUACUUAAAUGUCAAAUUUGCUGUCAAAAAUCCUGACCAUAGACAUAUAAAAAAGUUGAAUGUAAGUUAGUUAUAGAAAACCAAUGUAGAGAAUUUGUAAUUAAUGAUUUUACCUAUGACAUGAGGUUUUAUUAGAAUUAAAUAUUUAAGAUAAUAAUUUUAACUACUUUAAAAAUAAAAUUAAGAUGACAGCAGUUACAAUUUAACCUCAAAUAUAUUGAACUAAAUAAACCAAGUUUUCUAUAAUUUCUUUUACAAAAAAUUCAAUUCAAACCAUAGCAAAUAGGGUGGGUAUAUCUUUUAGGUUAGAAUGAAUUUUUCUUCGAUAGAAAAAUUUUUAAAAAGAAAAUCUGUAAAAUUUGGACUACCUUUCCUUCUGCUAGUUCUGGGCGGUUCUUUUGGUUUAAGAGAAUUCACACAACUACGUUAUCAGUUUUCAAGAAUUUCAAAGGUGAAUCCAGACGAAUUAAAAAAACACGGUAUUGAAAUGAAAAAGCCUGGCGAAGUAACUUUGGAGAGUGAAUAUGAAAAAAUAAAAAAUCUUGAUAUCGAUAACUGGGAGCAGGUUCGAGGGCCAAGGCCGUGGGAAGAGACAUCUAGUCAAUAAAUCUGUUUUAUAGUGUUAAUUUUUUAAUAAAUAGUAUGUUUUUACUUCUACGUCAUUUAUUACAAAAAAGUGAGGUUAAAACUGUUUGACAGGCGUCAAGCAAGGUCAGAUGUCCGAUUGAAAAAUUAAAAAAAAACUCAAAUUAGGUGUAUGUAUAAUUUAAAAUUACAUCACAAACCAACAUAAUUUUACAAUAAUUUUAAUAAACUAUAGACAGUAAUUAGCUACUAGGUACCUAAGCAUAAAGACAGCUUAUUUGUCUGGUUCGCAGGAGUCAAACAAGCCUUUGUUUCUGAUCUGGUUGAAUGCCUUUUCAAUAUCGUAGGUCCUAAAAUAUAAUUUUAUAUCGGAUGUAAGUACAAUAGAUAUACAUACUUGUAGAAUUCGCUGUAGGCCCUUUUACGUCCAUCAUUGUAGAACACCUUUUGAAGAACAGCGGCUGCAGUACAGAGCCCUAUGGCGAACACGAGGUUCCUCUUGAUUUGGCUUUGGAGAAGACCCCUCAUUUGAGGUUUGUUAGCUUUGCUUACAGCCCCGGA